UCUUUGCUGAACUCUGAGAGGACAAGUAUAGUCUCAUGCCAAGGAGGAACUAUCCUGCUUACCUCUCACACUUUGGAAGAAUACAGAAAUAAGGUUGAUUUAGCUAGCUUCACAAUAGCCACUAGCCCAAUGAUGGAGGUGAUGAGGACCUCCACCCAUGCAAACCCCACCCCUACCCCCACCCUCAAUGACUCAAACACCUGCACGACUCUGUAUGACCACCUGGAGUACGCCCGAGUCCUCAUGCCCCUCUUCUACAGCAUCGUCUUCUCCGUGGGGUUGCUGGGCAACGCCCUGGCGCUGCAUGUCAUCCGGCCCAACCUAAAGAAGAUGAACUCCACCACGCUCUACUCAGCCAACCUGGUCAUCUCCGACAUCCUGUUCACGCUGUCACUACCGUUACGGAUAAUCUACUACGCCCUGGGCUUCCACUGGCCCCUGGGGGAGACCCUGUGUAAGAUCACAGGGCUGAUCUUCUACAUCAACACAUAUGCCGGGGUCAACUUCAUGACCUGCCUCAGUGUGGACCGAUUCAUUGCUGUGGUCUUGCCGCUCCGGUUCGCACGCUUCCGGAAGGUCUCCAAUGUCCGGUUCAUCUGCGUUGGGGUGUGGUUGCUGGUCUUAAUGCAAACUUUGCCCCUCCUCUCCAUGCCCAUGACUCAUGUGGAGUCUGAUGGCUUCAUCACUUGUAUGGAGUAUCCCAACUUCGAACAGGUGCCCAACAUCGCCUACAUGCUGAUCGGCGCCGUGUUCCUAGGCUAUGGAGUCCCCGUGGUGACUAUCCUAUUGUGCUACUCCAUACUGUGCUGUAAACUCCGCCUCUCGGCCAAGACCAAUCACCUGACGGACAAGUCGGGGCGCAGCCGCAAAGCCGUUGGGGUGAUCUGCUGCGUCUCCCUGGUGUUCGUGGUGUGUUUCAGCCCCUACCACAUCAACCUCCUCCAAUACAUGAUCCGAAAGCUGAUCUACACACCAGACUGUGCUGAACUCACAGCCUUCCAGAUCUCCUUACACUUCACUGUUUGUCUGAUGAACCUCAACUCCUGCCUGGAUCCAUUCAUCUACUUCUUUGCCUGUAAGGGUUACAAGAGGAAGGUGCUGAAGAUCCUGAAGAGGCAGGUGAGCGUGUCCUUCUCCAGCGCAGUACGGACAUCGCCCGAGGGGUCAUCCAGAGACAUCGUAGAUGGUAAGAAGAUCCACCUCAACAGCACUAGGUACGAACAGUGUGUCCAACAGAAUGGCCAAAGGUGAGUGACGACCAACCAACAGACUGGUGAGUCAAAGACCAACCAACAGAUCGAAGAGCCAUCAACCAGCAAACAGACCAGCCAACAGA